UAUAGGUGAGUAUUUACAACUAUAAUGAAUUAGUGAUUGGAUUUAAUAACAUCAUAGACAUAUAUUGAUUAGGUUUUCAAAAGUUCAUAGAUCAAGUCUAGGGAUGUAAUCCUAGCUACUCAGGAGGAUGAUACAGGAUUCCAAGAUCAAGACCAGGGCUGCGGAUUUAGUUCAGUAGUGUCUGCCUGGCAAGGGCAAGGUCAUGAGUUUCGAUCCCCAGUACCAAAAACAAAACAAAAACAUACCAAGUGGUUCAGUGACUAAGUGCUUCUAGGUUCAAUCCCCAGUACUGAAAAAAAAAGAACCCACAGACCUAAGUGGUUGAACUAAGUUAGGAAUCCAAGCUGGUAGGCAUCACCCAGGUAGAUCAGUGACCUGAGGAGAUGAGUUCUGUGGGUGAAAUUGCUGCUGCAGGCAGAAGCUCGAUGUAGGUGAACAGAGAAGGGAAGACCAUUUAACAGACUGCAGCAAAGGGAAUGGUAUUAGCAUGGUCUUUCAAAUACCAGACCUGACUUCUAGUUUUAGCACUAAAUGCAAUUCAUUGGUUUGUCUAACUGAAGACUGGUGAGCUAACAGUCUCAUUCAUCAACCUAUAAUGAUGUAACCACAUCAUUUCUGAAAGUGGCUGAUGUCCAAUGUGACAUCUUAAACAUCUAACAGGGAGAGUUUUGUCAAGCAUUGUAGUCCCAAGGUUCCUUUUGACUAGGUCAGCUUCAGGUCUUCUUGAAGGUUCCUCAGGUCUUCCAUCACUCUACCUAGAGAAAUGGGGUAAUCAGCUCCUGUCUUCCUGGUCCUUGUCACAGUGUCUUCUGGUUCCAGCCAUGUCCUCCAUCACAGAACUUCUGAGAAGUUACACAGCACUAACCAUACUUCUUGCCCAAGGAAGUGGGUGUUUCAUCUCUGGACUUUAAACCCUUUUAUUUGUUACUAUUUUUGUGGUACUGGGGAUUGAACCCAAUGCCUUUACACUGAGCUGUAUCCUCAGCCCUUAAAAAAAAUAUUUUUUUAAAAAUUUGAGACAGGGUCUCAUUAAGUUGCCCCAGUGGGGCUCGAAUUUGAUCCUUCUGGCUCAAGCUCUUUGGUUACUGGAUUACGGAGGUGCAUCAUCAUACUAGAAUAUUAAAAUCCUUUACAGAAGGUGGCCUCAAGCACUAUUCAGCUCUCCAAGGCCACGAGGUUACAGAAGAGGUCAGAAGUAGCAGUGACCCUAAGGAAAUGGUAGGGACCAGUAGAGUGGUGGAACUGGAUCGGCUGGAGAUCUGGAGACAGACGCGCCCGCGGGAGCCGCAGCACCCUCUGUGGGAGCUCGGCUUCACUCGGCAAUUGUUGGAGCCACCGUUCUCCGUUUACGCAGGAGGGGUACGAUCCGGUUCAGGGUCUCCGGCGGCUGUGAAGACUCAGCUCGUUCAGAAAAGUGAAGACGGGUAAUUUCCAAAAGAAGACAGCCGCUUCCACAGAACAGCCCUGAAAGGGGCUGGAGAGAUUAGAAGAAAAGCAACCAGAACCCCACAGAGCCUUCCCCGCAAUAGAACGCCGCGUUGCACACUUCUGCAGUGCCAACGAUUAACGUGACCAACUCCAGACCCCUGUUCAUCAUCACUUCCGGUCCCUUUCACUGACUCUUCCGACAAAGCGUCAGUGUCCGGCUACAAUUGGAAUCUUCGGUUCUCGCGAGUGUCGUCGUGGUCCGAGACUGAGAAGCAGCCGGGACUGGGGCUGUGCGGACGCCGGGCAGCGCCCACACCGGCAUCAUGGUAGGCUCGAAAUGCAGAGAAGGCCAUGACAGCAUUGGCGAGGUUUCGCCAAGCUCAGCUGGAAGAAGGAAAAGUGAAGGAAAGAAGACCCUUCCUGGCCUCAGAAUGUACCGAGCUGCCCAAAGCCGAGAAGUGGAGACGACAGAUCAUUGGAGAGAUUUCAAAAAAGGUGGCUCAGAUUCAGAAUGCUGGUUUAGGUGAAUUCCGAAUUCGGGACCUGAAUGACGAGAUUAACAAGCUGCUAAGGGAGAAAGGGCACUGGGAAGUCCGGAUAAAGGAGCUGGGUGGCCCAGACUAUGGGAAAGUUGGCCCUAAAAUGCUGGAUCAUGAAGGGAAAGAAGUUCCAGGAAACCGAGGUUACAAGUACUUUGGAGCAGCAAAGGAUUUACCUGGUGUUAGGGAGCUCUUUGAGAAAGAACCUCUUCCUCCUCCCAGAAAGACUCGUGCUGAGCUCAUGAAGGCGAUUGACUUUGAGUACUAUGGUUACCUAGAUGAAGAUGAUGGUGUCAUUGUGCCUCUGGAGCAAGAAUAUGAGAAGAAACUAAGAGCUGAGCUAGUGGAAAAAUGGAAAGCAGAGAGAGAUGCUCGGCUAGCAAGAGGAGAAAAGGAAGAGGAGGAAGAGGAGGAGGAGGAAAUCAACAUCUAUGCUGUCACUGAGGAGGAGUCCGAUGAGGAAGGCAGCCAGGAGAAAGGAGGGGAGGAUGGGCAGCAGAAGUUCAUCGCUCAUGUGCCAGUGCCGUCACAGCAGGAGAUUGAGGAGGCCCUUGUGCGAAGGAAGAAAAUGGAACUGCUCCAGAAGUAUGCAAGUGAAACCCUGCAGGCCCAGAGUGAAGAAGCCAAAAGGCUCUUGGGCUACUAGGACAAGCCAGCUACUCCUUGGAGUCUGAAAAUCCAGUGGGCGGCUUGCUAUCCCUGAGGCAUUCCUGCCUACAUGGCCACCCCAGCUGCGGUCAGGCCGCUGGCACCUGGAGGCCCUGCUUCUUUUUCAUCUUUUAUCCUUCUCGUCUUUCUUGCCUCCAGGGCUGAUCCGAGCCCGAGCACAGGGCUCUUGUCUUCUGCCUCCCAUUAGGCUGUCGUCAACUUUUUUACUGAUGAUUUAUUUUGACCUGUGUGAGUUGUCUUAUGAACCCAUUUCUUUUUAUUUUGGCCUGUGUUAACUACCAUAUGAACUCAUUUUAUUUUGGAUAUAAAAGAUUGCCUUCUGGCUGCCUAUUAAGCAUUUUGUUUUGCCUCAUACUGUGAUUUUGAAGAGAGAAGAAUCAACUAAUGGCCAACAUGAAGCUGGGUGUGGGGGCCUUCCCCUGUUACCCUAGCACUCAGGAGGCCCUGAGAAUCGCUGCAAGUUCAAGACCAGCCUUGCCUAGUGAGUUCAAAGCCAGUUGCACUACAUGGUGAGACCCUGAGUCAUACCAAAGGCAAAUAAAAAUUAAUUUUUCUAAAAGGAUACUCUUUUUUCUGCAGAACUGAGAUGAUAUGUCAGCCUUGAGCCCAUUGUUUGGGGUCAGUGGCCUGAGUUGCUCCACAAUGCUGGACACUGCCCUACUUCUCCACCAGCCUUCUUCCUGGAGGGCUGGAAUAUUGACUUUGCAACUUCUGCACUGUAAUCUGUUCUGCAGAGAACCAUUUUUAUUAAAGAUUUUUUGUAAUAAAAGAAAA